GGUGGCGGGAAGAUGGCGGCCCCCAGGGACUGUCUGGGAGCAGUGGAGGAAGAGGGGAACUCCGGUCGUCCGGGGAGCUCGGGAGUGGAGGUGGUUUUUCCUUCCGAUCCUGCCACACCUGCCCCGCUGUGCCCUCACGGACCCACUCUUCUGUUUGUAAAGGUGAACCAAGGGAAAGAAGAAACUCGGAGGUUUUAUGCCUGCUCAGCCUGUAGAGAUAGAAAAGACUGUAAUUUUUUUCAAUGGGAAGAUGAAAAGUUGUCAGAAGCUAGACUUGCUGCCCGAGAAGCUCAUAACCAAAGGUGUCAGCCUCCUCUCUCCAGAACGCAGUGUGCGGAAAGGUUCCUGAAGUUUAUUGAGUUGCCAUUGCCUCUGAGAAAGUUCUGUCAAAGAUGCCAGCAGCUGCUGCUGCCGGAGGACUGGGAGAGGCACCGGGAGCACCGGGUGGUGGGCGACAUCUCCGCUGGCCAGCUCAGGAGGCCCAGCCAGCUCCUCUAUCCGCUGGAGAACAAGAAGACCAACGCUCAGUAUCUGUUUGCUGAGCGCACCUGCCGCUUCCUGGUCGGCCUGCUUUCCGCCCUCGGCUUCACAAGGGUCCUGUGCGUAGGAACACCGAGGUUGCAUGAGCUGAUCAGGUUGAAAGCAUUGGAUGACAAGAAGUUUAACAUUAAAAGCCUUUUAUUGGAUAUUGAUUUUCGAUAUUCACAGUUUUAUAUGGAAGAUAGCUUUUGCCAUUAUAACAUGUUCAACCAUCACUUCUUUGAUGGGAAGGCUGCCCUUGAAGUAUGCAGAACAUUUUUACAGGAAGAUAAAGGUGAGGGAGUCAUUAUGGUGACAGACCCUCCUUUUGGUGGCUUGGUUGAACCUCUGGCUGUUACAUUCAAAAAGUUAAUUGCUAUGUGGAAAGAAGGUCAAAGCCAAGAUAGCAGUCACAAAGAACUACCUAUAUUCUGGAUUUUUCCCUAUUUUUUUGAAUCCCGAAUUCUUCAGUUUUUUCCAAGCUUCUGCAUGCUGGAUUACCAGGUAGAUUAUGAUAAUCAUGCACUUUAUAAACAUGGAAAGACAGGUCGAAAACAGUCUCCUGUGCGUAUUUUCACCAAUGUUCCACCCAACAAAAUAGUCCUUCCUAGUGAAGAAGGGUACAGAUUUUGCCUUUUAUGUCAACGAUAUGUUUCCCUUGAGAAUCAACACUGUGAGCACUGCGAUUCUUGCACAUCCAAGGAUGGCAGGAAAUGGAGCCAUUGCUUUCCCUGUAAAAAGUGUGUAAAACCUUCCUGGACCCACUGUAGCACAUGCGGGCGCUGUGCUCUUCCAGACCAUUCCUGCGGGGCCCCCAAAGAUGGCUGCUUUGUUUGUGGUGAAUCAGACCAUAAGCGUAGUUCUUGUCCUAAGAUCGCUGCAUCUAAGAAAGUGAACAAGGCUGUCAGAAAGCAGAAGCAAAGAAAAAGUAAUAAGAUGAAAAUGGAGGCCACUGAAGAACAAUCCAUGAAUCACACAUCUGUUACAAGGAGGAAGAAAAGGAGAGAAAGAGCCCAUCAAUAUCUCUGCUCUUAAAUGUCCAGUGACUUGAGAAUAAGAAAGAUUUAUAGUCCAACCUUUGAUGCCAUUUUCUGAAAGUGCCGCACUGGACUCAAAUUCUGUCGCUCUCAGAGGCGUGCGCCUUUCUAAGCCAGAAAAUAGGCAGCUGGUAUUUGCUGGUUUAUGGACCCCUCAGCAGCCUCUCUGGAGACCUGGGGAGUUGUUCCUUGCUUAGCUGGUUUACCAGCCCUCUCCGCGUGCCUGUCUUCACUCUUUAAAUCCCUCCCAGCCAUAUUGUUUUGGCCUGUUUUGAACAAUGGGCAUACAGCGUUCUUUUGCAGAGUGUCAGGAGAGGAAUGAAAGAGGAGACUUGAGGUCUUGUUUACAGUGAACACGAAUGUGUUAAAUUAGACACCACAGAAAUGUUGUAAGUCAAACAUCAAAAAUUGUGGGAUGGCUUAACCCCCACUUGCAAAGAGCAGUACAAUGAACGAUUAUUUUUGGACAAACACUGAAGAUGAUGGAAAGGAUUUUGAUGAAGGUAGUCUAAAGAUAGCGAGUAUAAUUACAGUUUUAUGAUUAAAUAUGGGUUUUUCAAGUA